UCACAGUGAGGUAAUAAGGGCAAGCUUUUUCGUACUUGCAAAUUUAACUACCGUGCUUCAGACUGUUAGCUGCGGCUUUCAUUAUUUGAGCCUAAUUGAUGUUGCUAUCUCUACUAUCCGUCAUGAGAGUCAAAUCCAUUGUUCUUCUCCUGGUCAUCGCGAAUACUGCGGCCUCUGAUCCUCUCUGCCUUUCUCCCCUCACUGCACCUGGGAGUCAGGCCUAUAAAACAUGUUGUUCCAGCCGAACGGAUGGCAAGGAGUUCGUUGACGGGAUUGAAUUCGAAUACAAGUGCGGAAUGAUGGUCACAUCUACUUCCGGGCGGGGUGUGUGUGCGGAUAGCGCCUGGCAGUGUGCCAAACGCUGCGCCGCGGAUCCCAGCUGUACAGCUGCCAGCUGGUCGGUAUCAAUCGAGAAAUGUUAUUUAUCAACAACAAGGAGUCCUAACGUGCGCUCUGCUCCAUCGGGCGUUGAAGUUUUGUUCUUGAAUAAAACAGGCAACAAGAUUGAAAACCCUUGUCCAGAUGGCUGCCAACCCAAAACAGAAACACCAUGUCCUGAAACACCAUGUCCUGAAAAGCCAUGUCCUGAAAAACCAUGUCCUGAAAAGCCAUGUCCUGAAAAGCCAUGUCCUGAAAAGCCGUGUCCUGAAAAGCCAUGUCCUGAAACACCAUGUCCUGAAACACCAUGUCCUGAAACACCAUGUCCUGAAACACCAUGUCCUCCAUGUCCUGAAAUACCAUGCCCUCCGUGUCCUCCAUGUCCUCCACCAAAUUGCCGGGUCUGUGAAGAGGCGCUAUCAAAAUGCGUUCAGGAAAAAUCGAUCUUAGAGCGCGACCUCGGUGUUUGUAGGAAACAAGUGACUGACUGGCAAACUGGGUAUUACCAACUGGAGAGUCAGCUUCGCACCUGCCAGAGUACGGCUGGACAACUCCAGGGGCAAAUCACUGCCCUGUCCAACGAACUAAACACGUGCCGUUCGACCCCUCCUAAUGUGCACUCUGGCUGUCCAUCAUCGCACAAUCAGCGAAUCACUGUCGGAUCUUCCACCUUCACAACACUUUGCAACACGGUGAUAAGGACCAGGUCCGUAAAGCCCAUCAAGAAUGUGCUAGAUUAUAAGACUUGUCUUCAUUAUUGUGCGAAUGAUCCACAGUGUCUUAGUGUGAGCUACAAUGAGGGAUCAUUCGCCGGUUAUAAUAGCCUUACUUGCUAUCUUGUAGUACAGCACGAAUCUCCUCUUACGCAGCCUGCAGACGGCACCAUUUCUGCAUUACGUGCCUAAGCAUUACUGUUAUUGAUUUUUUUUGUCGGAUUAAAGAAGUAGUUAGAGGUUUGAAUUAGUGACUGAGAAAUAUGGAAUUUAGAAAUACA